AUGAUAAAUUGUCGGCAAAGUUACAAGAAUGGUGCGAAGUUGUACAGAUUUCCAGCCAAUCCGGAAAGAAAGGCGGCAUGGGUUUCGCGGAUCAAGAGGCCUCUCUGGGAGCCAACGAGUACAUCGCGUGUCUGCGGCGUACACUUCGAACUAUCCUGUUUUGAGGAGAAACGUGCAGAUGGGUGGCGGCGCCUCAAAUUGACUGCCAUACCAACAUUGUUUUCCUCUCAAGCGUCUCCGAAGUACAAGCCAGCAGAGCAAAGCCCCGAAAAAGUAGUGCCGCACCAAUCUGAAGAGGCAGCUUGCAUCAGUGCAUCACUUGGAGCUACAGCCUGCGAUCCUCCUAUUCAUGCCUCAUCUGAAGAGGCAGUGGCAGCAUCAUCCAGUACGCCUGAGCCAACAGAAGAGAAACAAUGCAGCUCGGCCGCAAGCACCUCGAGCCAUGAAUUAAGUACAAGCUCCACAAGCACGACCAACAACACAGCUUGUGUCAACGCAUCACCUGGGACCGCAGCUGGGGAUCCUCCCAUUCAUGCCUUAGCUGAAUCAACUAUCCAUGACGAAAUCUGCAGUGAUGCUACAACUGGAUGGAGCGGCCCCACACUUCAAUCUGUUUUAUCGACUGCCGCUUCAUUGACACCUCAGCAAGAUGACUUCAUCUCUGACAACGAUUCCAUGGAUAUCGUCACGGAAGAUCCUACAAACAUUAUGUCACUACCUGAAAAUGAGCCACCACCCAAAAGUGUGACAGAAGGAACAGAGAACGUUUGUUGUCUGGAGUUAAAGAAAGCUCUACGCGACGUCCUAAAAAAGUACAGUUCUCUUCAAGAACAUCAUGUGAAUGCAAGGAAGCAGAUCCGAACCCUCAAGAGUCAACUAAAAUGUGUACAACAACAGCUUCAGGCACUUAAGGAACCGAAGUUCCUGGCCGACGAUCAAAAGAAGGUCCUUGCAAAACAAAACAGCCGGGGUAUGACAUGGUCAAUGGCAACAAUCAAGCAAGCUCUUCAAGUCAAGUUUGCAUGCGGCACCACGGGGUAUGAGCUCCUUCGGACACUCCGCUACCCUCUGCCCAGCACCCGGACAUUAAUGCGAAGACUACAAGGCUUUUGCUUCUUACCAGGAAUUCUAAAAGAAGUCCUCGAUGUCCUGAAAAAAAAAGUAGAGACCAUGGAAGAUGCAGAACGGGACUGCGUUCUCUUUCUAGACGAGAUGGAAAUUUCAGGGGGCAUAGAACAUGAUCAGUCGCAGGAUUGCUUUCUCGGGUCUGUGACUCUUCCGAAGAUGGAGGAAGUCGAAGCUAACCGUGCUUUGGUUUUCAUGUUGGGGGGCCUGACGACCCGGUGGAAACAGCGGGACUAA